CUUGAAGUGUGAGUUAGUUAUUCUUCAAAAUGGUGAGUAUUGAGUCCUAUUUAACUUUAUUGGAAUCACAUAAAGAGGGUUUCUUCCGCUAGAUCCAUUUAUUAAAGUAUUAUUGACUGGAUUCGCUCGCGAUUGCAGCACGAUGACCAAAGAGAGUGCUAAUUUUGUAACAAUUUCACGAUGUUGUACCGUCUUUGAGUUUAUGUUGUUCUAAAUUUCCUUACUCUAGCCGUCCCACAAAAGCUUCAAAAUUAAGAGAGUUUUGGGCAAGAAAAUGAAACAGAACAGGCCUAUCCCUCAGUGGGUGAGGCUCAGGACUGGAAAUACCAUCAGGUGGGUCACUGUUUAACUGUACGAGAGCACUAUCCGAUCUUUAGAAGCUCUAUAAACUUAAUGAAAAUUUGUAUGAUAGCGUAGGGAGGAAAACGGAAGAUCAGGGCUCAGUUGUAUAAAGGGCGGAUAACACUAUCCGACGGAUAAAGUGCCAUCCAGCAGCUAACUGUUAACUAAAUAUACUGCGCUAUUCACUGGAUAGCGAACAACCGAAUAACCAGUGCUGGAACAGUAAAGAAAUCUUCCAGGGUGCUUAUGGCAAUCGAUAUGAAAGCUACAAAAGAUACCUUACCAUCACAGAAGAAAUUUUGCUGAUUGUGUAUUAGACGUGUGUCGAUAUGCAUGUGAAGUAUCUUUACUAAAGUGGAGCAAGAAACCAAACUACUUACCAAUAAUGUUAUUUAGAAUUCUCCCGUGUGUUAUGUACUCGGAGUAUUUUCCUACUAAAUAAAAUUUAUUGUCUGCCCGGCUGCAAAUUCAUAAAAUGUGACCUAUUGAAACAUUUUUGCAAUUUGAGUUGAUAGUAAACAGCUUUUGGUUUUGUAGAUGAUCACUAACACUUGGAAUUUGUAAGACAAGCAUUGGUGUAAAUGAAUCUUAGUAGCUUUUGGUCACUGGAAUCAAGGAAGACCCUCUCAUUGUGAUGAUCAGAAUUCAGAUUAUUAACCUCAUCCUAUAAUUGUUUGAUUUCAGAUACAAUGCUAAGAGACGUCACUGGCGUAGAACCAAGUUGGGACUGUAGAAGAAAUCACAAAUCUUUGUCAUACUUCAUACCAGAGUUUGUGUUAAAAUGGCAACAAUCAACAUCAACUUUGUGAUAUCUCUGUACAAAACCCAUUAAAGCUUGUUAAACCAACUAUUGUAGACUUAUGUUGUUACUAUAUCUAGAAAAUAGAAUAUUGACCCUUUUGAGAGAAUCAGUACAAUUGGAUGAAUUGUCUGAUGACAAAGUAUUAUGGUAAGCUAUGCAUGUCUAAUAACUUGAAACAGUCAUUUUUCUCUAAGUUCUAAUUAAAUAGGUCUUUAGAACACUGCAUACUUGGGUAAAA